AUGGUGACGUCCAUUCUCGAGGGUGAUAUCUACAAUCGCAAGGACGAUGUUACUCUCGUCAAGGCCCGUCUAGACGAUGAGUUGGAUAGGUGUCGCGUCAAGGGCCUGGCCAGCGUACUUGUGGCCUCCUCGGUUGGAGAGGGAAUUAAAAAUAUGUAA